AUAUUUAAUCGAAAAAGUGAAUUUAAAAUCCGCCGAACACAGACACCGCGGAAAUUAUCAUAAGAUAUCUCCUUUUUUUCUUUUUUCACUCUCGUAUAUUCCCGUCGCUCUGUGAGGUAAAACAACUCUUUCGUCGUCGUUUUUCGAAGUCUGCUUUCAAAACCCUAACCCUGAUUUCUUUUCCAAACAACGAUCUCGUUAAAUUCAAUGGCGACUAAACCACUUACACGUGAGGAAAUUGCUAAUACAGAAAAGAAGUUGGACAUGCCAUUAGACGACAUCAUCAAAAUGUCAAAAAAUACAACAAAACCCAAGAAGCUGCAAAGGGCUCCAAAUAAAAGUCAGAAACUUUUUAGUAAUGUUGCACAAGAGAAAGCUUUGAAGGUGCAGCGUUAUAUGGACUCCAGACCCUUCGUUCGACAGGGGGCUUUAGCUAAAAAAAGGUCAAAUUUUCAGGGGAACCAAUUUCCUUUAACAACAGAGGUUGCUCGUAAAGCUGCAUUUGCUCCCUUUCGCAGUAGGCCUUUUGAUCGCAAUGUGGUGGCUAAUUCAGAAAAAGCAAGGAAUCGAGCGCUAAUGGUUCAGAGGAGGGCUGCAAAUGGAGGAUUUGCUGCAAAGUCAACACAACAGCAGCAGCAGCAGCAUCGAGAGCAACAGCAGCAGCAGCAAGGGGAUGGUGGUGGUAAGCCAAGGCCUCGAACACUGGAUUUGCGGUUUGCCAACAUGAAGGAGGAGAGGAUGAGAGUCUUGUCAAGGCGGAAUAAUGCUGUACAACACAAUGGCAAUGGCGGUCGUCCAAGGGUGCCAUGGGCAAGAGGCCGAUUUGGCUACUAAAUCAUGAAUUAUUACAAGAUGUCAGCUAAAAUGGCAGCUCUUGGUGCUAAAGCAAAGGUGUUGAAGUUCAUGUCCUUCUUGGUCUUCCUGAUUACCCGCUUGAUGGAAGUUGGGGUAGCUGAGUUGGCCAAAAGUGAAACCUAGUUUCUUCGUUGUUAUUAUAGUUGUCUGUUUUGCAUUGUUAUAUUGAAUCGCAACUUCUGUCUUGGUGCUUCUUUGGCUAUAUCAUCAAAGGAUAUUAAAAUGUUUGUCCAA